GAAAAAAGGAGAAAAGGAUUGGCAAUGACAAUGAACUGUUAGAGUAAUAUUACAAGGACAGGUAUACAGGUAGAGACAGCGACAGAGCUCUGUAAGGAGACAGUGAGGGACAUGGGACAAUAGGAAUUAAAGAAUGAGUGAGUUACAGAAAUAGGGGUUACAGGAGGUGGGGAGCAAUGUACAUAGUACAGAAAGAGAGAGAGAGAGAAACAAUAUUGGACUGACAGAGAGACAGAGAGAAAAGGGAGGGAGGGUUUGCAGCAAUGACAGUGAAUGGGAUAGACAGACUGCAGCAGUGACUGAGAAGGAGAAACGAUAGAGGCUGCAGCAGAGUGAAAGAGAGGGAGGGAGAAAGGGAGAGAUAGAGAGAAAGGGAGGGAUUGAUUGCAGUGGAGGGAGAAGAAAGAGUACAAGAGGAGACAGCGGCAGGAUUUGAAGAAGGAGAAUGCAGUCAUACUUCACCAUCAUACUACCAGACAUUAAGAAGAGCGCGGGCAUUCUGUGAGACUGGCAACGAGAGGGGAGAUACUGGCACUGCGCUGCUAUUCAGGAAGAAUUGCUGUGCUCGUUUCAUUGAAGUAAUACUCCUUAUGAAGCUUGACAGGUCUGAGGAAUAAAGGACUUAUUAGGAGAACUACAGACAGUAACAAACCAAGAGAGCAUUCGGGAUUUGUCGUAUAUAAACCCGGAGGACGGGCACAAUCAAUUAGACAUACUGAAUCCUAGAGAAUCGUACAACAGCAACAAGAGGAGAAAGCAAAUCCUGUGAAUAGUACGACUGCUAUAGAAAAUAACCUGAAUAGGAAAGACUCUUUGAAAGAGCACCUCUACCUAUUUCAUAGUUCGGUCCCUGGUGAGACUACGAAGCCAGUCAUAGAAAGAAUAACAAGGAGUCAAGUGGAACCUGGGCUACCCCAAACAUAUCAGAGCAUGUGAUGUGUACCACUCUCUGAGAGCACAAGCAGCGGAAUACAACAUCACAAAAUGACAUAUCUUUUCCAGCAUUAAAUAUAGAUGUGACACAAUAACAAACUGGCUAGUCACAGCGUGGCAUUACAAGGUGAAAUAUCAGACAUUGUAUUGGCAUUAGAUUUGACACAUUGCAUCAUAAAGUGCCAUAUCACUGCAGUGACAUUAACCAGAGUGACGCCUCGCAAAGAUCUUUCUCCGUUGCUGAACUGAGUUGUCAACACUUGUCACCAUGACAGAAAUAACAGAGAUUGACCCACAAAAUUCAGAGCACCGGUUACCGGGGACUAGCAACACCGGAGUGUGCCGGCUUCCUGAAAGCAAGCUCCAGCGUUUUCGACGUUCUAUUUCACUGAAGACCAUCCUUCGGAGUAAGAGUGUAGAGAACUUCUUUCAACGUCCAAACAGUGAACCAAAGGUCAAUGCUGGUGUCCUUCUCAGUCCUCCAGUGCCAGCACCUCCACCAUCACCUCCACCUCUACCCACUGAGGAAUUUCCACCAACUGAUCAGUCCCCGCACCACUGUCAUAAGCCCUUGUCUCUCUUGCAACCUGUUCGUACUCACAGCUUCCAUGACCAUGUAUUCAAGAAACAGUGUCCCUGCCAUCUAUGUCACCAGAUCAUUGUUGGAAACUCCAAGCAAGGUCUGCGUUGCAAGAUGUGCAAGAUUGGAGUCCAUCUGUGGUGCUCAGAAGAGGUAUCCCACCAGCAGUGUCUGGGGAAGAUGUCCACGUCUUUUCGGCGUAAUUUCAGCUCUCCUCUCUUGAUUAAUGAAGUUCAAACUAGCCCAAAGGAGACCCCUGUGAUACCUGUAGCAGGUCCUAAAGGUAAGGUAGACCCCGUAUAUGAGACUCUACGCUAUGGAACAUCACUAGCCCACUUGAACCGAUCCAGUUGUAGCAGUGUGUCAGAGUCUCCCACCCGCAGUUUGAGUGAGAGGGAGGAGAGGACUGACGAUCCUGAGGGCAGCAUUCAAAGCAGUGAGGAGAGUCCAAGCCACCCAGUGUUCUUAGCUGAAAAUGAGAUUGCGAUAUGUGAAGAUGCUCGCAGUGUGACGAGCUUAGCAUCUGUCAGCAGGAUCCGGAAGGACAUUUCACCCAUGUACAGCUAUGUGGCUCUCUAUAAGUUUCUUCCCCAAGAGAUCAACGACCUUCCACUUCAGCCUGGUGACAGAGUUAUGGUGAUGGAUGAUUCUAAUGAGGAUUGGUGGAAGGGAAAAUGUGGAGAUCGAACUGGGUUCUUUCCUGCGAACUUUGUGCAAAGAGUGCGAUUAGGAGAAAGUGUGUGGAGGAGCACAAAGACCUUUCAAGGAGUCAAGGAGCAGGGUCAGCUAUGUCUCAAAGAGGGGCAGAUCUGCGUGGGUGUUGGAAAGUCAGAGUCUGACGGCUAUAUUAGAGUGGCCAGUGGAAAGAAGAAAGGCUUGGUACCCCAAGACUACUUGACAGAGAUCUGACUCUCCCUUGACAGAGAGUAACCCCCUCUCCUGGAAAAAGAGACACUAAGCCCUCUGAGGUUAACUGGGCUCAGAGAUUCAAAGAACCAUAUGUGAAAAAAGCAAUAAGGCACUCGGGCUUUACAGACAGAACAAGAGGUGGUAACAUUUGGAAAACCCAACUUGUUCCUGGGUGCCUUGUAACCUAGGCAACGUCAACACAUUGGAAUGCCUUUAAAUGCUGCACAAAGCCUCCUCUUCCCUGUAUAUACCUUUACUAAUAUAUAAUAACGUGUAUUUUGCAAUAUGUCCACCAGGUGUCUGUGACAACAUCACUCAGGGCCAACUCUUCAGGGAAAGCCGCUCAGUGACCUCAUACCAGGGCUGCUAUGUCACCAGCACCAGCCCUAGAUUAACCCUAUCCUAUAAAACAAUAUUGCUCAUUUAGUGUUACAGAAAUUAAACCUCCAUCUUAGGAGUUGGGUUACCGUCACAGUCACCAUCCAUUACAUCACAUUGUUUGCCAUGCACAAAUAAUAUGGCUAUUAUAAUAUAUAUCUAUAUAUCUUAAGGUUAAGGCCAAUCAGAUAUGCCGAGCACAGUGUACAGGGCUGCAUUAAAAUGCAAGUCAUUCUGGGUGAUGACUCAUUUAUAAGUAUCAUUACGUGUAAAUCUGAUUACCUUAACACGUGGGUAGUGGACAUUGAAACGACCAGGGAGGGUGAUAAUAAAAACAAAACAAAAACUGACGGAGUAUUAUAAAAUAACUCAAUUUAAAUGCGUCGGUAUAAAAACGAACACUUUCUCCAGUGCAGCCAUUUUGAUUCAUUUGGCUAUUACUGUAAUCAUUCUGUUGUGUGUAGAUAGUUUUAUUAGAGAAUGUGAGGAAACUAUGUGAUAGAUUGGAAAGGGAGUAUACAGACUGGAUCAUCAACUAGUGAGGAUGGCCAGAAUUUUAAGAAAGUUCGAGUAUAAAAUUAGUAUAAAAGUAUAGCAAAUUAAAGGGUUACUCCAGGCGCAAUAACCACUUCAGUGAUUUGAAGUGGUUAUGGUGACGGGAGUCUGUAUGUGCAGCUUUUUUCGAUAUGAAACAUUGCACAUACUGGAGUUUUACCCCUGUGGUCCUGUAGGUAUAACUCCAACACAAGCAGUGCCAUUGGGGAACCAUUAGCCAGCCCAAAACAAGAGUUCUAAUGCCAAUUCUGUGUAUUUAAAACAUACAUAGAAUUGCCAUCUUUGAAUGAAUUGGCCGUCAGGAUAGACUUCCAGCUUCUGCAGAAGAAGGGUGUCAAGAACGGCUAGAGAGUAGUCCAGCGGUGACCCAUUGCAAAACUGUAUUCACCUUUAUCAAGAAACAGAGCCAGGGUACUCCUGGCACCAUAACCACUACAGCAUGCUUGGCGUAACCCUUUUACAAUACAUGUUAUACAAUACAUGUAAAAUAGUGAGAGUAAUAUACCAGCAGGGUGAGAGUAGGGUCGGUAAUAAACUAAAAUGCAAUUAAAUAGAAUUUAAUUGCAGAGUGAGAGAAGAGGGUGGAACGAUUCUGCAUUUACCAAUAAUGACCUCACUCCGAUCUUGCAUCUUAAUUUACCUUGUUGCCUGACUCACCAUAAUACAUAUCUCACUAUAGAUGUAUAUAUAUAUACACACACACGUACUUAAAAAUAAUCUGUGUAUAUGUCCACCCCCACAUUUCAGCAAGCACACCAUUCUAGAUGACACAUAAAGAGGAUUAAUCAUUGCUCAACCAUACCAUGCAGAGCCGUAUACUGUAAGAUUUUGGCAGUGAAGUCAGUUACACCAUUUCAUUUUUAACCAAUUAAGUGCAUCUCUUGUCUUCCUCUCCCGCCAACCUUCUUUCCCAAAAUAAGCUAUCUCUACUGUUAUCAUUUCUUCGCCACAUUCUUGUUUCUUCCCUCUUUUUUUUUUUACCUGUCCCACUACUACAUUUUUUCUCAUACUGAUACUUCUCCUGGCAAUGCCAGUCUCUCCUUAAAUUUCCGUACUCGCCGAUCUCCCUCUGCCACUUUUUCGCUCUCCUUUUUCUCCCCUCCUUGCUCUCUCUCAAUCCGCUCUGCUGCUCAUAUUCAUUCCGCUCCAUUUCUCAGUCUUGUCCUCAGGGCCCGUUCUGCUUUUUAAUGGUAUGUUUUAUUCUGCCCGCACUGCACUGUUUAGCAGCACCAAGUAUAUUUACCCCUUCUCCAGUCUUCCUUUGUAGCUGUACUCCUGAGUAUCACUGCCGACCACUCCUUCCAGAGGAACAGACAGCAGUUAGAAGUUAUCUGUGCGGUGGAGACUUUGGGUAGACUCGUUAUUACUGUAACCUAAUGCAUGGGAUUGAAAUUAUGUUUCCUAAAGAGCAAUAACUAUCUCAGUAUGGGCAAUAAUCUGUUCAAUAAACUUACUAGUCACCUUGGACGCUGUAACAAUAAAGUGUUAAUGCCCCAUA